AUGGUUAUGUACUUAUGUGUAGACCUAGAGAUGAAUCUCGAUCGUGAUUGGAUGUACAAGAGACUUGAUAGUGAUAAUUAUCUUAGGGAAACGUUUGUUGAAGGGGUUAAAGAGUUUAUAAUGUAUGCUUGUGAGCAAGAAUAUUACAAACAAUCUAAACUAAUGAAAUGUCCAUGCAUCAAAUGCAAGUUAGUGCCAUAUAAGGAUGUCGAUACUGUUAGGAUUCAUUUGUACAUGCAUGGAUUUCGUCCGAAUUAUUAUUGUUGGAGUUGUCAUGGAGAAGAAUACUCUGAGGGCACGAGAGAAGGUGUUGAGUCAAGCUCUAGUGGAUUGGAUUCGAAUCCUUAUACGGACAUGAUAAUGGAUGCAUUUGGCCCUCAAUUUGAAGGUUUAAAUGAAGAGAGCUUCCAGAAUUUAGAAGAAGAGCCACAUCCAGAAGCAAAAAUGUUUUUUGAUAUGCUACUAAAUGCUCAGAAGCCUCUCUAUGAUGGGUGCAAAGAAUCUUUAUUGUCGGUAGCAUCGAGGGUUACAAAUUUGAAGUGCGAGUAUAACAUUCCUCAUCGAGCCGUGGAUGGUUUCACAUCAUUAAUGAGAGACAUAUGUCCCGACAAAAGUAAUAUGACAGACACUUUUCGUGCCACAAAAAAAUUGCUCAAGGGUCUUGAACUUCCGCAUCAAAAGAUUGACGUAUGCCCUAAUGGGUGUUUUUUGUUCUGGAAGGACCAAUCACAUCUUCAAAAGUGUCCUGUAUGCAACGAAGAUCGAUACAAGAAAAGAGCUAAAGGGAAGCGUGUCGCAAAGAAGCAACUGAUAUACUUCCCUGUCACACCAAGGUUACAAAGGUUGUAUGCUGUUAAGGCCACCGCCACAGAAAUGAGAUGGCAUGUAGAGAAUCCACGAGAAGAGGGUAUUAUGGCUCACCCUUGUGAUGGAGAAGCAUGGAAGCAUUUCGAUAACACCUAUAAAGAGUUCGCCGCCGAACCUCGCAAUGUUCGUCUUGGGUUGUGUACGGAUGGUUUUUCCCCGUUUGGCAAUUCAGGGAAAAGUUACUCGUGUUGGCCUGUUAUUCUUACACCUUAUAACUUGCCACCGGGUUUGUGUAUGAAAAGACCUUUUCUAUUCUUGAGCUUGAUUAUCCCAGGCCCAAAGAGUCCUAAAGGAAAGCUUGACGUAUACUUACAACCUCUAGUGGAGGAGUUGAAACAGUUGUGGAAUGUUGGAGCUAUGACUUAUGACGUGUCAAAGAAGCAAAAUUUUAACAUGAAGGCAGCUCUAUUGUGGACUGUGAGUGACUUUCCAGCUUACGGUAUGCUAUCCGGGUGGAGUACUGCUGGGAGGUUGGCAUGUCCUUAUUGCAUGGAGAAUACAAAGUCUUUCACUUUGAAACAUGGUCAUAAGCAAACAUGGUUUGAUUGCCAUCGUCAAUUUCUACCUGAAGAUCAUGUUUUUCGAAAGAACAAAAGUGGUUUCACCAAAAAUAAGGCAGAAUACUCCCCACCCCCACCAAGGUUGAGUGGUGAUGAACUGUGGGAGCGUGUGUCACACUUGCCAAAAACAAUUGAUCAUUGUGAGUUAGCUCGAGAUAAAACACAUAAUUGGAUGAAGCAAAGCAUUUUUUGGGAACUUCCUUAUUGGCGAAAGCUUUUGGUUCGGCAUAACUUAGAUGUGAUGCAUGUCGAGAAAAACUUUUUUGAUCAAUUAAUCCAUACAGUUAUGAAUGUUAAGGGGAAAACUAAGGAUAAUAAAGAAGCUAGGAAAGAUUUGGCUCUACAUUGCAAACGACGACGACUACAUCUGCACGAUGAUAGUGGUGCUAGUAGUAGUAAAACGGGAGAUAAGAUGCCUGAUGCUUCUUUUACACUUAGCAAGGAGAAAAGGAAAGCUUUAUGUGAGUGGAUCAAGAAAUUGAAAUUCCCUGAUGGAUAUGCAUCCAACCUAAGCAGAUGUGUAGAUUUAAAUGAGGGAAAAUUAUUUGGCAUGAAAAGCCAUGAUUGCCACGUGUUCAUGGAGAGGUUGCUUCCAGUUGCAUUGAAAGAAUUGCUUCCCGUCAUUGUGUGGAAGACAAUUACUGAAAUAAGCCAGUUCUUUAGGGAUAUAAGCUCAUCACUGUUGAAAGUGGAGGAUGUGGAUAUGUUGGAGAAAAAUAUUCCAGAGAUCAUUUGCAAACUAGAGAGAAUUUUCCCACCCUCGUUCUUCAAUGUUAUGGAACAUUUGCCUGUUCACUUGCCGUAUGAGACAAAAGUCGGAGGACCCGUCCAGUAUAGGUGGAUGUAUCCAUUUGAAAGGUUCCUCCAUCAUUUAAAAAGAAAAAUUGGUAACAAAGCUCGAGUGGAAGGUUCUAUUUGCAAUGCAUAUCUUACGGAGGAGAUAUCUAACUUUUGCACCCAUUAUUUUGAGCCAAACAUUGACACAAAGGCUAACGACAUGUGUCGAAAUGUAUAUGAAGGUGAUGAAGGGCAAGUGGAUGUAAAUGUUCCUGAGUUGUUCUCUUGCAAUACAGGACACACCUCUAAAAAGGGAACUAAAAGCUUUUUGGUUGAUGUUGACUAUCGUGCGGCCCAUGGCUACAUCCUUUCAAAUUGUGAGCUAUUACAAGAUUAUGAAAGGUUGUUUGAAGAGGAAAUGGUUAAACAAAAUCCACGUGUUAGUGUUAAUGAUGUGUGGAGGAAGUUUGAGCAUAAAUUCCAAGAAUGGUUCAAGCAAUAUGUUUUGAGUUCCGAUAAUGAGAAAGGAAUAAUUAGGACUCUUGCUAUUGGUCCAUCAAGAGCUGUUCAGAAAUAUAAGCAUUAUUAUGUCAACGGCUAUAAUUUUCAUACUUAUGAAUAUGGGAAGGAUAAGUCUACUAUGAAUUAUGGAGUUUGUGUGAAGAGUUUGGAGGAGGUGAGCUAUUAUGGAAUACUUGAGGAGGUGAUUGAGUUGAUGUAUGUGGGGCCAACACAAUGUUAUAAAGCCAUGUUGUUUAAGUGUUCCUGGUUUGACUCGGGAAAUGGUACAAAUGUGCAUCCGCAAUAUAAGCUUGUCGAGGUUAACCAUACAAAGAAGUAUCCUAGAUAUGACCCUUUUGUGUUAGCCUAUCAAGCAGAACAAGUAUAUUUUGCACCAUACCCGAGCUUAAAAAGGGAUCGAGAUCAAUGGUGGGCCGUGUUUCAAAUGAAGGCUAGAUCAAUAGUUGAUGCUCCUUUGGACCCAUUAGCAUUUCAGGAGGAGCGAAAUGAGAACCCACCACAAUUAUCUGAGCUAAAUGAGGAUGAUUUUGUCCAUGCUCACACGAAUGAAGAUGAAAUGGAAGGUGUGAGUGAAGAGGAUGAAGACUUGGAUGAUAAUAUUGAAGAGGAAGAGGAUGAAGACUUGAAUGAUAAUAUUGAAGAGGAAGAGGAGUUCAGUUCCGAAAUGUCCAUAGAUGAUGAAGAAGAUGGAUAUGAAAGUGAUUUAAGCACUACAAGUGGUGAUGUGGAUUCAUAG